ACCGCCUAGUGCCCUCCAAAUCCAACUCCCAUGUCAAAUUACCACGAAGAGGAAAAGGCGGAGGAGGUCCAGAAGAAGGUGAGACAACGCCGCUCCUCCUUUUUUUUAUACGGUAGAUGUUGCUGUCUCUGCCGACAAUGCGUCAAGCACCUGCUGCGACUCCAAGAGGACCCAUCGCCGACUCACCAACCGGGGGGAAGAGGAAGCUAAACACUGACUACCGUGCGACGUGAUCUCCGUCCUGUCCCCCGGAAGACUUCUUGUAGCUUCGCCCGUGCCGUAUGGGGUCCAGCGGCGGCAGAGGUAUAAGCGGGUUAGGCGAAGGGAGACGAUUGAAGGAGCUACGUCCGUGAAAGUAGGAUUUUUGGAGAUUGAUUUUCGUCAUUGCCGUCGCUUGCUGUGUCUCAUUUAGACACUGAUGUUAUUGAGGGAAAAUUUGGCAUUUCGACAUGAUUUGGGCACUUGAAGUUACUGUUGCUUCUGGCGUAGUUGUUUUCUUGAAUUGUGACCCUAUUUUAUUGAGUUUCCACGAUUGCUCCAUAUUCAUGAUUUUAGUUAGUUUGAUCUUGACGUUUGAUUCUUGCAGAUACCGUGCCAUCAGAAACAUGUCAUCGUCCAAUCCUUCUCUUUCUGAUCAUCUAUCUGGAAAAAUUAGUCCUUUUGGUCUUAGAGUGUGGCAGAUAAUUGGCAUUAGCUUUGGAGCAGUCCUGUUAUGUGCACUCUCGUUGUUGAUGAUGUGUCUCUGUUGCCAGAACAGAAGAAGAUAUAGAAGUCCUUCUGGUUAUCUUCCCACCACUGAGAUUCCUGCAUUUACCAGAGACAUCCAGGAAGUCCCAGUUGAGAAGCCUAUAAAAAAUGAUUCUGUUCUUCUUAAAGGCUAUGCUGGCUCUAGUGACAAUGGUUCCAACAUGGGAGUGAACUUUGGAAAACUGGAACCAGCAAACUUUAUGGUAAACAGACAGCAUUCUUCUAACCCUGCUGCUGCUCCACAAUUAUCAAGCAUUCCAGAGUCUUCUCUCCUUGGUUGGGGUCAUUGGUUUACCUCAAGGGACUUAGGAAUUGCGACGAAUUGGUUUUCAAAGGAUAAUGUUAUUGGUGAGGGUGGUUAUGGAGUUGUCUAUCGUGGGAAGCUGAUCAACGGAACUCCAGUAGCAAUCAAGAGACUCCUUAACAAUUUUGGCCAAGCAGAAAAAGAAUUUAGGGUGGAAAUUGAAGCAAUUGGUCAUGUUCGCCACAAGAACCUAGUUCGGCUCCUUGGAUUCUGUGUGGAAGGCACUCAAAGGAUGCUGGUUUAUGAGUAUGCCAAUAAUGGGAAUCUUGAACAGUGGCUUCACGGGGCUGUAGGACAGAAGGGUUCUCUUACUUGGGAUCUUCGUAUGAAGAUUAUCUUGGGAACAGCUAAAGCGCUUGCCUAUUUACAUGAGGCUGUUGAACCAAAAGUCGUCCAUCGGGAUAUUAAGUCCAAUAACAUAUUGAUAGACGAGGACUUUAAUGCCAAAAUAUCUGAUUUUGGCUUAGCAAAGUUGUUGGGUGCUGAGAAAAGCCAUAUCACUACCCGUGUUAUGGGCACUUUUGGGUAUGUUGCACCAGAAUAUGCAAAUUCUGGAUGUCUAAAUGAAAAGAGCGAUGUAUACAGUUUUGGUGUUCUUCUCCUGGAGGCCAUUACUGGGAGGGACCCAAUUAACUAUCAACAUCCUCCUGAUGAGGUACAUCUUGUUGACUGGCUUAAAUGGAUGAUUGCCAACCGUCGUUCUGAAGAAGUGGGAGAUCCAACCAUAGUGAUUAGGCCAACUUCUAAGGCUCUGAAAAAAGCCCUUUUAGUAGCAUUGAGGUGUGUUGAACUUGAUUCAGAGAAGAGACCAACAAUGGGGCAGGUUGUUCAAAUGCUGGAACCUGAUAACCAUAAAUCAUGCGAGGACCAAAGACUGCACAAUCGAGUUGCGAAAGGAGAUACUGAAACAAAACUGGAAGAUUUUGAUAAAUCCCAAUCCUGAUUCUAAAUCCAAAGGAACAAGAGACAAGCAGAUAAAUGAUAGGAGGGACAACUAAAGUGCAGAUGAUGCUCAACAUAUAUUAAUUUCAUUUUAAUGAUAUGUUGAUUAGACUUCAGAGGGCAUCUACUUUGCCUGUGUUCAUUUUUUGU